GCACGGGGACAAAGCGGACGUGCGCGUGCGCCUCUUUCUUUCUCUUCCGCUGCUCGCAACGCCUCAGCAUGCCGCCCAAGGAUAGCAAGCAGAAGAAGGAUACGGGCAAGUCCAAAAAGGACAAGGAUCCCGUCAACAAAUCCGGAGGCAAGGCGAAGAAGAAGAAGUGGUCCAAAGGAAAGGUGAGGGACAAGCUCAACAACCUCGUCCUCUUCGAUAAGGCCACUUAUGACAAACUGUACAAAGAAGUUCCCAACUACAAGCUUAUCACACCCGCUGUGGUAUCUGAGAGGCUGAAGAUUAGGGGCUCGCUGGCCAGGGCUGCCCUUCAGGAGCUGCUUGGCAAAGGGCUGAUCAAGCUGGUGUCCAAGCACAGAGCUCAGAUCAUCUACACCAGAAACACCAAGGGCACAGAUGAGGCAGCUCCAGAGAAAGAGGCAUAACGUGGUGAUUAUCAACAUAAAUUGCACCCUGGCUUGAGUAAUGGUCUUUUGUAUAGGUAAAUAAACAAAUAAAAGUA